AUGACUACCUUGGAUUCCAUUCUGGCAGGACGAUACCCUGCCAAAGCCCAUGCCCGCCGGGUUGCCGAGCGUCUUCAAGUGGGCGGCUCUGCCCAGCAUGGGAUUAUUUACCUUGAAGCACAGAAAACUCGACUUAUCGAGGAUAAUGAUGAGGCGAUGCACUUCAGACAACGCCGAUCCUUUUUUUAUUUGUCGGGCUGCCCGCUCCCAGAUUCGUCUCUGAUCUACAACAUUGACUCUGAUAAAUUGACCCUGUUCAUCCCGCCAAUUGACCCGGAGGAUGUGAUCUGGUCAGGCCUUCCCAUGUCUGUUGCAGAGGCACUGAGACUCUACGACGUUGACCAAGUGCUAUACACUACCGAUGUAAAUGCCACGUUGGCCUCGAUCGCCUCAAAUGGAAAUGGUAACUCUGUUGCCUUUGCCAUCGAGGGCCAGAUUACAGAAGGAAUCAAAUUCGACGGCUUUCACGAAACCAAUACCUCGGUAUUGAAGGGAGCCAUCGACAGCACGCGUGUGGUCAAAGAUGAGUAUGAGAUCGCGCUCUUGAGAAAGGCAAAUGACAUUUCCGCAAAGGCGCAUAUUGCUGCCAUUGAAGCAUCCAAGACCGCCACCAAUGAGCGUGAGAUCGAGGCGGCUUUCAUCGCAACCUGUAUUGCCAAUGGUGCCCGUGAUCAAGCUUACCAUCCCAUCGUUGCCUGUGGCCAGAACGGAGCCACUCUUCACUAUGGAAGAAAUGAUGACAACUUGGAUGAUCCAGCCACCAAGCAGAGGAAAUCUAGCGUUCUUAUCGAUGCUGGGGCGGAGUACCGAACAUACUGUGCUGACAUUACGCGUGUUUUCCCUCUGGGUGGAAAAUUUACCUCGGAAACACAGGAAAUCUACAAAAUUGUGCUACAGAUGCAGUUGGAGGCUAUUGCAAUGUUGAGAGAAAAUGUGCAGUGGGAAGAUGUCCAUGCGCAUGCCCAUCGCAUUGCAAUCAAGGGCUUGCUAAAAUUGGGAAUCCUACGUGGCUCUGAAGACGAAUUGUUCGAGAAGAGGAUUAGCGUCGCCUUCUUCCCCCAUGGCCUAGGCCACUACCUGGGCAUGGACACCCACGAUACUGGUGGUAACCCGAACUAUGCAGAUAAAGACGCCAUGUUCAAGUAUCUACGCGUGAGGGGCCGUUUACCCGCGGGAUCAGUUAUCACUGUUGAACCAGGUAUCUACUUUUGCCGGUUUAUCAUUGAUCCGUACCUUACCUCCCCCGAGACCAGCAAAUACAUCGACACGAAUGUCCUUGAGAAGUAUUGGAAUGUUGGAGGAGUACGCAUUGAAGAUAAUGUGCACAUUACUCAGCAGGGUUACGAGAAUCUGACCACAGCGCCAAAAGCUAUAGAAGAAGUGGAGGUUCUAGCCACUUAG